UCCGCCAUAUUGACUGUUGUCUUGACUGGAGAAGAUAGGGCGCGUUUGUGAUCCUAGAAGAAUCGAAACCGUGCUUUUAAACACCUCUAAACUAGUGCAACCUUGGUCAAAGGAUAUCUCCGACACCUGCGUGAUGGCGAGGAAAAAAAGCAAACAGCAAGGAGUCGGGAGCAAGGAGCUGGUGCCCGUACAACAGAACAUAUCGAAGAGCCCCGUAUCUCCCGGAGAUGCAGCUGGCGGUGGUGGCGGAGAUGCAGGGCUGGAUAGACUGGCCGCCAGGGCGAACCAGCCGAUGCACACCUGCUGCCUCCUGUGUCAUCGUGAGUUUAAGGACUGGGGGGCGAGCUCUGACAACGGUCUGCCUGGGGGCCACGGGGCGAAGCUAGCCGAUGCUGUCCCAGCCCUGUCCCAGGCCCUGCUCAGAGAGGUGCCGGGCCGGAAGCUGUCCGACACCGUGCCUUCACUGAGCCAGUCUCUGCUGGGAGAGGUGCCGCUAUGGAUCUGCCAGAGCUGCCGGAAGAGCGUUGAGGAAGAGGAGAGACAGAGCGCACAGGAAACGUCUGCACCGGUUCCGUUGUCCCACUCAUCGUCGUGUAAGGCCCAGAGUUGUGAUAACGGUUACCCAGAGCAGAGCUCCGUAGACUGGGACCCAUCCUCCUUCCUCUCAGCCCACAAGCUUUCUGGUCUCUGGAACUCGGCUCACAGCAACGGAGGGGUCCACUGCAACCACAGCACUGCCUUGCACGCACAGCAAGGAACAGGGGGACCAACGUGUCACGAGAAGCGAGUCUCUCACGAGGCUCCUGGGAAAUCUGCUAAAACGCCUGGGGCCAAGGUGUGCCCCUACAGUCACCCUUCCCAGAAUUCCAGUGGUUCGUCCCCCGGGAACCCGCUCUCUACCUCCGGGGACCUCUGUAAGAACACCCCCAAGCACUUCAAGACCAUGUGCCGACGACCAACUCCGCCUGGCGAAGCGUUCCACCCCAGCGACCACCACCAACACUCGGACCUGUCUGUCCCCCCCAACAGCCCCACUGGCCUCUCCUCCUCUCAGCAUUCCUCUCUCCUGCCCCUCAAGCAGAGCUCUGGAGGGCAGCAACACGGCCAUGUCUCCUCAUCCUCCUCCUCUCCCAGUCUAGCUGCUCCCGCUCCCUUCUCCCCGCUGGUACCAAACCUCCACGGCCCCGCGGCAGGGGCCAAGCUGGGGACCCUGGGUGGCCCUGACUGCCCAACAGGGGCCCUCCAUAAGCCCUUGGCCUGUAAGAACUCACACAUUCCUCCUGUGAACGGUCAGCACAGCAAACUGGGCCCAUCCCUGAUGGGCUGUAAUCACCCCUGCAACGGCCACAGUGGGGGGGCACUGCCCUCUUCCAACGUGGGACACCUGACCGCUGGGCAACACCUGAGCGCUGGGCAACACCUGACCGCUGGGCAACACCUGACCGCUGGGCAACACCUGACCGCUGGGCAACACCUGACCGCUGGCGCCUGCAGGGACCAGGCGUGUAAAGGACACAAGCUGUCUAACGGGGCGGGGGGGUUGUGUCACCCCCCGUCGGAGCUGGAGGAGGGAGAGGAUGAGGACUCUAGUUCUGAGAGGAGCUCCUGUGCUUCCUCCUCAAACAACCAGAAGGAUGGGAAGUACUGUGACUGCUGCUACUGUGAGUUCUUCGGACACAACGCGCCCCCGGCGGCUCCGACCAGCCGCAACUACACAGAGAUCCGUGAGAAGCUCCGGUCCCGUCUGACGCGUCGUAAGGAGGAGUGUCUUCCCCAGAGACGGGAGUCUGACCCGGCCGUGUCCACCUCCAUCGACCACCGAGACGUGGACGAGCUGAUGGACUUCAUCAACUCCUCAGAGCACAAACCGGCCAACAGUGCUAAGGCUGCCAAGCGGGCGCGACAUAAACAGAAGAAGAAGGAGAAGCAGACCCAGGUGGGUAGUGGUGAUUGUGAGGAAGCUGGCAGUGACCCCCCCUCCACCUCUCCAGACCCAGACCACCCCAGCCAGGAGGAGGGGGAUGUGGACGGGGAGGAGGGUGAGGACCCAGACCUCCCCAGCCAGGAGGAGGGGGAUGUGGACGGGGAGGAGGGUGAGGACCCAGAGGCUAGUCGGCUGUUGGAGUGGCCUCAGCUGGAACUAGAGAGGGUCAACUCCUUCCUGACCUCUCGGCUAGAGGAGAUCAAAAACACCAUCAAGGACUCUAUCCGGGCCUCGUUCUCCAUGUACGACCUCAACCUGGAUGUGAAUGACUUCCCUAAGAAGGCUGCUACUCUGGAGGGCAACCAUCUUCUCUCCCACCUCAACGGCUCCUCCUGCUCUGACCUGCAGCAGAUAGACCUAGACCUGGCCCCUCUCUCCCUGGGUACCUUCAAGAGUCAUCUGGACCUGGUCAAAGGCUGGGAGGAGGCCCAUCCCCGGGACCACUCCCCCAUCGGACCCAUCUCACCCCUGGCUAGUGCUACUGUACCUGGGGUAGGGGGACCAGGGGCUGCGGCUGGUACUGGGGCGAAGGAUGUUCACAGGCUCCACACCACCCCCAGCCUCUCCAAGCUGAUCCGGGUGCGCACCCCAGAGAGUUGCCCCUCUGCUAGGCCUGAGAAUAAACACCAGGCCCCUGCUUCGACCCAGACCCAGGCCUCCACCACGGUGGCUAAGCCUAAAGAGGAGGCCCCAGCGGAGCCCAACAACAUUACUCCUGGGGCUAAUGCUGGGGCUGGCAAGAACAUUACUCCCCCUACUCCUGGGGCUGGGGUUAAUGCUGGGGCUGGCAAGAACACUUCUACUCCUGGGGCUGGGGUUAAUGCUGGGGCUGGCAAGAACACUUCUACUCCUGGGGCUGGGGUUAAUGCUGGGGCUGGCAAGAACACUUCUACUCCUGGGGCUGGGGUUAAUGCUGGGGCUGGCAAGAACAUUACUCCCCCUACUCCUGGGGCUGGGGUUAAUGCUGGGGCUGGCAAGAACACUUCUACUCCUGGGGCUGGGGUUAAUGCUGGGGCUGGCAAGCUGAAGAAGGGCAAGAAGCAGCAGCAGCAACGGCAGGACCAGCUACCUCCAGAACAGAACCAGACCAGACCCGGAUCCAAAGCAGCUGCAGAGUCUCAGAAAACUGGUUCCAACGCUGGUUCUGGUUCCAAACCACCACCUCACUCAGCUGAGAGCCAGAGAACCGGGCCAACGAGGGCAGAGGAGACCAGGCCCACCCGGCAGCAGGCCACCAACGGGACAGUGAGUAGCGGGGGUGCUCCCAGCGCCCAAAGAGGGAAGGGGGAGGAGCAAGAGGCCAAAGUUCACUCUGUCACCUCAGCCAAUCACAACCAAGCCCAGCAGCAGCAACCCAAGGGGAAGAAUAAAAAGAACAAGAACAAGGGGGAGAAAACCAGCCGCAACAUCGACGAUGUGUUUCUCCCUAAAGACGUAGACCCAAAAGAAAUGGAUGAGAUUGAUCGUGAGGUGGAGUACUUCAAAAGGUUUUGCCUUGACUCUGCUAAACAGACCCGCCAGAAGGUUGCAGUAAACUGGUCCAACUUCAGCCUCAAAAAGGUUCCUUCCAACGCAGCCCAGUAACUAACAGGUUCUAGAAUGCAGAACCCCCCCAACAUAACUAUGUCCAGACAACCCCAACGGCCUGAGGCCUCCUUUUUCCUCACCAAGCCGAGGGACCCUGGUGUAACACCAUUUUCUAUUGGUCAGGACUGCGACGCUAUUGGCUCACAGCCAGGGAUCAUUCACACACGGGGCCGACUGAGACCCGACUCUUUACUGUUUCACAACGAGGGAGAUGAGCGAUCCAGGUUGAAACAUGGAGAACCAAACACCCUUCUGUCUAUCAGAUCUGAUCUACUGCGUACUUCACUAUGUAGUUUGGAAAACAGUUACCUUAUAUAAUAAAAAGUGUUUUUAUUGUAAUUGUGGCACAUUUUAAACAUUGUUGAAACCCUCUUGGAUUGUUAUUGGUUGGUUCUAUUAGGUGCUUCUGUUCUCCAAAAAGGUACUGACCCACGACUAACUUUUAGUUUACGGUAUCUGCCCCCAGCUCUCCCUCAACACACAACCCUCUGUGGAUAGGCACCGUUUUAGAUGAUGAAUCGGCUCUAAAUUAUUUUUUACAUUGAUCUUAAGUUCAGAUCAGAAUAGGUGUUAUGGUAUGGAGGACACGGGCAUUUUUAAAACUGUUAAAGCACAUUAUACUGUCAUAGACACCACCAUCGUGUGUGGGCAGGUUAUCCAUACAGGGUUUUGUUCUCUCGUGACCUCAAAUCGUACUGCUCCGAUUGGGCCAACCUGUCCCCUCAAUAUGACAUCACAGGCUGAACCAACGCUGGUCAUUCAUUAAUGGUUUGUAGCUUCAACAUCAAGGCCAAGUUCAAGAUGGUGCCCUAUUCCCUAUGUAGUGCGCUACUUUAGACCAGGCCCCAUAGGGCUAUAGUAAAAAGUUGUGCACUAUAUAGGGUUCCAUUUGGGAUGCAACGAUGAUGUAGUUUAACAACGUUCCAAACUGUAGGAUUCAAACGGCAGUGGAUGACAUGAAACCCGAUGGAUCAAUAGAUUCAAUACCCCCUUGUACAAUGUUAUUAUUUUGUAUGAAAGUGACAAAAGAAAUGGUUUUGUUUUAACAAAAUGAACGUUUGCGAAGUAAUCAACGACACUAAUAUAAACUCAAAUUAUUUUAUUUUUUUUAUAAAGAAAAGAAGAAAAAUCUGGUUACUGUGUUUAACACUUCGAUUCGAAUCACAUCUUGACAAGAUGUGUUUUAAAUUAAACCAGAUUGAUUUCUCCCCUGUGUAAUCUAUAAAAGUCAUGGGUAUCUUCAGUGGCCAGCCUCCAUGUUGUUCAGAUAUCUGAUAUCGAGCCAUGGUCCAUAUUUCCCAUUGGUUGUUGGUGAUGUAACUGCUAUCAGAGCUGAUAUCUUCCCCCGUGGUGGUCUGUGAUAUAGUUCUAUACUGUGGCCAUGUUCUCGACACUCUGCGUCUCAAACAGCACCCUAUUCCCUAUAUAGUGCACUACUUGGGGAAUAGGGUGCCAUUUGGGACGUUGCUCAAGGCUGCCUCAUACUGUUGUUUUGACCUCUUAACUCCUGCUCAUACAGGAUUGUAUUAAUUAGGUAUCAAACGGAAGAAAACAGGCAAAAAAACAGGAAGAGACGACGUGGACUGUUUUUGUUUUCAGUUGGAAAAAGGUCCUCAAUCCUCACCUGAUUUCAAUGUUUGUACAUAAAAUAAGUGAUUUUUAGGGAAUUUUAAAACACGUCCGCAAUGAUGACCUGUCUCUCUGAGGAUGGGUGAGGAUUUCAACCAUGGUACAAAAUUCACAUUACUCUUGACCUUCUGGUGUCAUACACCUCAAUAAGUCCCUCUGCUGUCACUGAUUCUGCAGUCCUGAACUCUGUUCCCUUUCUGAUCAGAAAACAAUCAAUAGUUUAAGUGACGUUAUGAAAUAACCGGUAUUUCGAUGAUUCUAAGUUAGUCAUCAACAUCUGUUUUAAAAGGGUUUCCAUUAGAUGUUUUUUUUUGUUGUUGUUGAAAAUCUGUUAUGAAAUUUUGUAUGCAGUUUAUAUUCAACUAGAAGACAUUAUCUUAAAAUGUGUGGAAUGUAGUAUCCUAUACCAUUAGUGUAGGCCUAAGCCAAGUUGGCUUUUCUGUUUUUUUAUUCACUUUUGAUACUGUGAAAAUCUUUCGUUCAGAAAGAUUAAAACAUUACAGUUUUGACAAAAUAAAGU